AGUCGUUCUGUUUUCAUGCUCGUUGUUGAUAUUGGCAGAAUGUACGAGUCUUUAAUCGCCUACUGCUCAUCCGUAGGUUCAAUCGAGCCGUACGAUUUCCAGUUAAAAUUCGCCUGUGGAAAAGAUAACCCGCGAUCAGUGAGGAUUGAAAACAGGAAAAUAAGGUGGAAAUCACUUCUAUGGUCCUGUACUGUACUGUCGUAAAAUUGUAGUUAAAACGGAAUGCGGCAAUGUGGCACGUUUGGAAGUGGGACGUUCUUAUGUAUCUCGAUGAGUGGGACAGAAAGUGAUUUGGAUUUGGAAAUUGGGAAAUGUAAGUGGAAAAAAUAAAGAAAUAUAUCAAAUGUUGAUCCCAGGGGAGGGGGUAGUUGGAAAAGGUGUAGCCGGUUAUAUUACUACUCCGACAGCUAGCUAACGGUUAGAUUGUUGGCUGCGAUGUUCCUGGCAGUUUGCAAAAACAGCUUGAUAACUUGUGCGAAAGGGCACGUACUCUCUUUUCCGAACAGUUGUUUUACGUCUACAGCAGUGUCCCGGUGCUCAAAUGUUUGGAAAGACGCUGCAACGUCCUGGGGCCAUAAAACAUCAGUGAAGACCCUGCGAACAGAGAAAAAAUGGUUACAGAGAUUGAAAACAUCAUUCUGUUCUUUGGGGCAGUGGCCCAGCUUAAUGCACUUUCCUGCAGACAAACUACGUGCUCGCCGAUCAACGAUUAAUACUGGGCUUACUGGAUUUGGGAAGGGCCGGUCUACACCCGUCGUGUCCACACUUGUACAGCCAGCACAACCCGAGGGUGUCUGUCAAACUCAGGAAAAGGAAACUCAUUGCAAUAACAUACACGCAAGUGCACUCCGUAGGUUAAGAGGAAGAAACCUAAGCCAUGCACCACUUUCGCUGGAUUUCAGACAUGUGUUGUGUAUCAGCGAAGCACCUGUAAAUCCAGUUGUACUUCAACAAGAGCGCAGAAGCUAUAGUAACCUUUCCCCUGGAAAGCCAUCAUCUGACGAACAGGAGGUCGACUCUAAACAGGACUCGAAAAGGGAAAAUGUUACACCCACGCAAGGAGACAUCCCACCGGCGGCUAAUGAAGGAUCGUUUCAUUUUAAAGAGUUGUAUGAGAAUCCGUGGACAAUUCCAAAUUUCCUGUGUAUGGCCAGGAUCGCACUGGCACCGGUUCUUGGCUACUUGAUCGUGGAGCAGUAUUUUCACAUCUCUCUAGGCCUUUUUGCUCUCGCUGGAGCAACUGAUUUGCUGGAUGGUUAUAUCGCACGUAACUGGGCCAAUCAAAAGUCUGUUUUAGGCAGUGCUCUCGAUCCAUUGGCUGACAAAAUCCUCAUCAGUGUGCUGUACAUCAGUCUGACCUAUGCCCAUCUCAUCCCAGCGCCACUCACAGCGCUGGUUAUCUCGCGAGACGUGGCUCUGAUCGCGGCGGUCUUCUACGUUCGCUACAAAACAGUCCCACCUCCGAUAACUCUCAGCAAAUUCUUCAACCCCUGCUAUGCCACAGCCCAGCUGAAGCCUACACUUAUCAGCAAGGUGAACACGGCGAUUCAGCUCGUCCUGGUGGCGGCAUCAUUGGCCUCUCCAGUGUUCCACUACACAGACAGCGUGUUCCUCCAGGCACUAUGGGUUAUCACAGCCUUGACGACCACAGCUUCAGGUUACAGCUACUACCAUUACGGAAAAAAGACCGUCGAAGUUCUGAACAACACAAAGUGAUGUUGCCACGGAAAUUGUAGCAACUCUGGAGGAACAGCAAGGGGGCAGGCGACUUUGGAUAAUCAAGUUGUGUAAAUACUCAAACAGAUUUGGAAUUUAAUUCCAUCAUUAAAUUCAUGAAAGUCCUUUUUGUAGUGUAAAUGGAAUCAAUGCAUUAGGGGAUGUGGAUUUUAAGGGUAUUUUCACAAUCAUAGACACGAUGCCUUUCCAGACUGGCUAAGGCAGAACAUUAUCAACAGCAAAACAAUUUUAUAUCACAGUGAACCAAUUGUAAACAAAUUACUGAUCUGAAUAAUAAAAAAUGUGGGCAGUUGUCUUUUA